UGUACGUGCAUUUUAUUUUUAACGGGGUUGUUAAUAAAUAUUUAGGGCUUGAAUUAUAUAGCAGGUUUAUUACUGCUCGUCACAAAAAGCGAAGAAACAGCUUUUUGGCUGUUGAAAGUUUUAAUAGAAAGAAUUUUACCUGAAUAUUAUACACCGACAAUGGACGGCCUCCUUACAGAUAUCGACGUCCUCGCGGAAUUAGUUAGAAUUAAAAUGCCAGAUAUUUAUCAGCAUGUAACCAAUAUAGGCUUACCGUGGCCAGUAAUUACAACGAAAUGGUUUGUCUGUUUAUUCGCGGAGGUGCUACCAAUCGAGACUACGCUGCGUAUAUGGGAUUGCCUUUUUUACGAAGGCAGUAAGAUUAUAUUUCGUGUUGCAUUAACUCUGAUAAAAAGGAACAAGUGCAACUUGCUUGCUUGUCAAGAUUUCACAACACUAGCAGAAUGCUUUAAAGAGAUAACAAAAGACAGUAUUGUUUUAAAAUGUCAUGACUUCAUGCAGAGUAUAUUUAAAGUACCUGGA